AUGACGCACCUCGCGCCUCUCUCCCGCUCUCUCUUCCUCCCCGCCUACACUUCUUUCCCCUCGCGGGGACCAGCCGGCCAAGACCCAGACGCCCAACGCCCCUCGGGUGUACAUACAGCGCCCGCCUCGCCCCCGUCCGCGCUCGGCAGGCGCAGAACCUCGCUCGAAGCUGAAGACCGACAGCGGAAGCUCGAGGGAGACGGCUCCUCUGCCUCGGCUUUGCGCCGAGAGGGAGACGACAGAAUCUGUGCCGGAGACGAGAGAGGUUCCCCUGGCCGUGGAGGAGCGGUCGAAAUACCGCGCCUCCUCUACGGCACGGCCUGGAAGAAGGAGCACACCGAGCGCCUCAUCAAACAUGCCCUCCUCGCAGGCUUCACGGGCGUCGACACAGCGUGUCAACCCAAGCACUACGACGAGCCGGGCGUGGGCCGCGGGAUUCAGGCGUUUUUGCGGGAGAGGAAUUUGUCGCGGAGCUCACUUUUCAUUCAAACAAAAUUCACGCCACUCGAGGGACAAGACCGCACCAAGCCGCUUCCGUACAACCCGCACGCCUCUGUGCACGAGCAAGUGCAGCAGUCGCUGCAGACAUCUCUCGCCAAUCUGAAAGUCGACUACCUCGACAGUGUGCUGCUUCACUCGCCUCUGAGGACUCUGGAGAAGACACUCGAGGCGUGGAGGUCUUUGGAGGAGGCAGUCGAUGAAGGCGUUGUGCGUCUUCUCGGCAUUCGGAAGUUCUGUCAGGAGCACUCCGUGGUGUACGAGGCCUUCUGGACGCUGACGGCGAAUCCCCACAUGCUCCGAUCCACUCCCGUUCGCGAAGCAGCUCGCAGUUUCAACUGCACGCCUGCGCAGGCGUGGUUCCGCUACCUGCUCGAAAAAGGCCUUGUGGUGCUCACAGGCACGACUUCGGAGACGCACAUGCGCGAAGAUCUGGACGUUCUGAACCUGGACUUCUCGCAAGCUGCGUUCGACGCAGUGGACUCCGAAGUCGAGCGAUUCACGUGA